GCUCAAACAGAGACACGAAGUGGACAAGUAUGAUGAAGUUCAAAAAGAUAGCGAUAGCAUUCAUCCUCAGGCAGGUCCCGUUGAGACGUGAAACGCUCCGGAAGUAAAAGGCGGAGCCCAACAAGAGCAGUACUAAUGUGCUAUAUAACGCUCUACUUGCGCAAGGUGAAGGGCUUUGCUUCGAGACAGAAAAUGUGUUAAUACUUCGAUGUUUUCACUUUUCCGAGCUGAAGUCCUCGUUCAUGAUCUGGACGCAUUCGUAUUGUGUUUAACGUCUAGUAUGGUGCUAUAGGGAUCACGAUCGUUCGCAUACUCCACGCUUUUCAUUCUCAUUCUUGCAUGCGGCGAAACGAGAGACAGCAAACGACCUCAAGCAAAAUUUCGGCAGCAGCACAGAGAGAAGCAAACACAAAUACGAAACUGGGGCACAUCAACUCGUGUCGCGUGCUAUACUUCUAGCCAUACUUUUUUGGAAUCGACUCGCAAGCCUUUUGACACGGUCUACACUAGAAUUCUGAAGACACUACGACAAGUUUGGUAAAGCUAAAAACUCUGUCAGCUCACGUAGAACCCCAAUCCCAUCUACAUCUUUUAAAGAUGCCGAAAGCGACUUACAGUGGUACGAAUGCCCAGGGCAAUUCGUACACCACGUAUAGCAACGGUGGCUACUCGUACAGCAACCCGAGCUACUCCAGCGGCGGUAAUAUUUGAAUUUGUUGCUCAAAUGCUGCUUCUCACACACUUAUGAAUAGAAUGCCAUUCCCUGUACUCUACACACUGUAAUAAAAGGAAAUAUUGAAUAAACUAGAGAUCCGCGGAUAACUUCAACGAACGAACGUAAGAAAUGCAUUUGUGGAAAUGUGAUCAGAACUACUUUCACAUCAGGUACCGGCGGCCGCUCUGGAUCUAGCUACUACGCGCCCUCCGCGUCCGCAGCUUCGUCGGGAUCCGGGUUCUACAUCUCUAACGGUGGAAAGUCCGGUGGUGGCUACUCGCACUACACCAACAGCAGCGGCCAGCGCUCCUACACCAGCGACUACCGCAAGUAAGUGCAUAUUCUGCUCUUGGACUCUAACAUCAGUGUAGUAUGCCUUUCCUUUGCAAUGUCCAAUAAACGCGUACGACGAAUCAAUAGAUGAAAAUGACAUUCUAUAUUUAUACUACGACAGGUAAAGCCAGCGUAUGUUGAAGACUUGUGGUUCUCGCGCUUGCGCCGAGCGGACGUUCAUCUGGAUUUCUCCAACAUUUUGGCACGCAGCUAAAAUCUGCUUUACCAAUCUUCAUCACUUCGGUAAUAUUCCUCACAAAUUCCAACAAACACCUCUUCGGUGUAUGACGCUCGUACAACUAUCUAUAAGAACUUUUCUUUCUUUGAUUUUCUGACGGGUUUACUAGUACUACAGAGUCUAUCUUCAGCUUCUUUCGAGCUAGAUUUUCAUUCGAAGUUAUCCCCUUCGCGGGGUUUAGGGUGGUUUACUCUUGAGGUUUCAAAACGAUCUUGCUGACUUUGCGUUAGCUGAAAUAAUCACCUUCCAAUCUAUUUUCCAUUGGGUCUUCUUGAGGACGAUAACCGUGCAAUUUUGUUUGCAUCUAUUGAAGCCCUCGCCUUUAUUGGUGGCGGAAAGCUCCCUGCCGUCGAUCAGAAACCGUGAACUUUCGAAUACCUCUCUUGUUAUUUGAUAUGAGAAACAAGAAAAAAAAGACAGAACCACAUGGUGCCCGAGCUCGUCAAACUGUAGUGGAUCUUCCAGCACCGACACUUGUUCCGCU